GCGUCUCGACACACCCACAGACGGACACCAGUCUCUCGCAAAGAGCAGACGAUCUCACUUUCAUCACACAGAUAUCACGAACCUCAGCGUUUAUUCUUCACAUUCACCUGAAGGUGUAGGAUUCCGGAGCGAAAGGAUUCGGAUCUUCCGGUUUAUUUUUAUCGGAUAUUUAUUUCUAAAUAAUUUACCGCAACGCUACCAAGGGCAAGCUGCAGAGAAUGUCAUUUGAAGAUUAUUUAAAUAUUUUUUAGUGUCGUAUUUUUUUGCACCGCGAUUGUUUUGUGAGCGAGAUUCUGAAUGCAAUCGAUGGAAAUUAAUUUGCGUAAAAUCCGCUGAUCAGAACUGCGCACGUCAUCACACACCAUCACAGCCAUCAUCUUCAUCAUCAUCUUCAUCCGUCAGGAAACCCGGCAGAGGACAUACUGUAAGCAGGAUGGAGCAGCUCAGUCAGUGGCUCUGGAAGCAGGAGUACUGGCUUCCUCCAGGAAUCCGCUGGGAGGAUAUGGAGAAGAUGGAGGGCUCCCGGCGUCCUCUCCCGCGGGAUCUGCUCCUGGCUCUGGGAUUCAUCAUGCUUCGUUACGCUUUUGAGAGACGUGUGGCAUUUCCUCUCAGCAGAGUUUUAGGAGUGAAAGAUCAAGUUCGGUUGAAAGUCACUCCUGCCCCAAAUUUAGAGGCAUUUUACACUAAAAACAGCAGACAGCCAACACGGAGUGAGAUCACCAGCCUGGUUAACCAGUGCGACCUGACUCAUAGACAAGUUGAGACCUGGUUUCGUAACCGCAGAAACCUGGACAGACCCAGCAACAGUAAGAAGUUUUGUGAGGCCAGCUGGAGGUUUGUGUUCUACCUGGUUGCUUUCACUGCAGGAUUGGUGUCUUUAAUUAACACGGCCUGGUUCUGGGAUCAGAGAGAGUGCUGGAGAGGAUUUCCUCAACAGCCGGUUCAGGACGCUCAUUACUGGUACUACAUGCUUGAGCUGGGCUUCUACUGGUCUCUGCUGCUCUGUGUGUCUGUGGACGUCAAGAGAAAAGAUUUCAAAGAACAGAUCGUGCAUCACUUCGCCACCAUCUUCUUGCUGGGUUUCUCGUACUGCUCCAACUACAUUCGGAUCGGGACCCUGGUGAUGCUCGUCCACGAUUCGUCUGACUUCCUGCUGGAGUCUGCCAAGAUGUUCAACUACGCCGGCUGGAAGAAAACCUGCGAUUCAUUGUUUGUGAUUUUUGCUGCUGUGUUCCUGGUUACACGCCUGGUUGUGUUUCCCAGCAAGAUCAUCUACACCACUCUGGUUUUGUCUAUGGAAGUGUUUGAGCCGUUUAUGGGAUAUUAUUUCUUCAAUGCACUGCUGCUGGUGCUGCAGGCGCUGCACAUCUACUGGGCUUAUCUCAUCCUCAGAAUGAUCUACAAGUUUCUCUUCUUAGGGAAACUGGACAAGGACGAGCGCAGCGAUGUUGAAAGUGAACCGGAGGAGGAGGAGAAUGAGGAAGAGGAAGAGGAGCAGGAAGAUCGUUCUUCCUGGAGGAAGAGGAAGGUGGUUCUGGACUCCAGGCUGGCGAUGCUGAGCUCCAGCUGUGUCUUAAAUAACUUGACUAACCAGAAGGCAGGCGGGAACGGGAAGAGUGGACUGAAAGCAAGAUAG